AUGGUGCCGAGUGCGACCGGCUCGAUUGUCAUCGACGACGUCAACAUUGCCAACGUGUCGGUGACGACGCUCCGGUCGCGGCUCACGAUCAUCCCGCAAGACCCGGUGCUCUUCUCUGGCUCGCUGCGCUUCAACUUGGAUCCGUCGGGCAAGGCAUCCGACGACGAGCUCUGGACGGUCCUCAAGCAAGUGCACUUGGGCGACGGCAUUGCGUCGCUGGACGACGAGGUGGCCGAGCGCGGCAGCAACUUUUCCAGCAAGGUGGUCGUCCUCGACGAAGCGACCGCCAACAUCGACCUCGAGUCGGACAAGCGCAUCCAGACGACGAUCAAGGAGUGCUUUGUCAGCAUCACGAUGCUCAUCAUUGCCCAUCGGCUCGACACGAUCAUCGACUCGGACCGGAUUCUGGUGCUCGACGCUGGCCGCGUCGUCGAGUACGACACGCCGACGGCACUGCUGGCGAUUCCGGACGGGUCGUUUGCCAAGCUCGCGGAACAGGCGCACCUCCAGAUGUAA